UAGAGUCAGUCAAUAAAGUCAAUCCCUUUUGGAUUCGCUGCUUGUUGGUCUGGUGAAUUCUUAUCUUCCUCUUCGUUAUUGUUUCUCCGGAUUGUUUAUUGCGAUAAAGUCGAGACCUUUGAGCUUUGGGAGGAGAUGGCUUUGGUGACUCCAAUUCCAGCAAUGGAGGAAAGAGCCGGAUCCAUGAGAUUCCACGGGAUGGGUAGCCCCGGAGCGAGGUCAAGCAGGAGCGGUGCUACGGAAGAGCCCCUCUCGCGGCUGAUCGAGGAGAAGAUCUUCGUCGCGGUGGGUAAAGACGUGGCGAAGAGCAAGUCUACGCUCGUCUGGGCGUUGCAGAACACCGGAGGGAAGAAGAUUUGUCUCGUUCAUGUUCAUCAGCCCUCCCAAAUGAUUCCAGUUAUGGGCGCCAAGUUUCCUGUUAGUUCGGUGAAGGAGGAAGAGGUUAGGGUGUUCCGGGAGAAAGAAAGGGAGAAAGUGCAUAUGGUUCUAGACGAGUAUCUUCGUAUAUGUCAGCAGAGAGGGGUGAGGGCAGAAAAGAUGUUUAUUGAAAUGGAAUCGAUCGAGAAUGGAAUUGUGGAACUGAUCUCGGAGCUGGGGAUCAGGAAGCUUGUCAUGGGAGCUGCAGCUGAUAAACACCACUCAAAGAGAAUGACAGAGCUUAAGUCAAGGAAAGCCAUCUUCGUGUGCCGAGAAGCUCCUGCUCUUUGUCAAAUAUUGUUUACUUGCAAAGGUUACUUAAUACAUACAAGGGAAGCUGAGGAUGACAGUGAAUCAGAAUAUGCAUCUCCGCGUCCUUCCAUAACUGGAAGCGAGACACUUGAAGCUUUCUCUACACCGGAGUCUGAGCAUCUUCAUAGAACUGAUUCACUUCACCGUUUAGGAAGCAAUGGAAGUUCAACUGAACACAGUGGGAGGGUGUCGGAUACUGAUGAGGAGGAGACAGAACUUGACGGCAGUGGAGUAAGGGGAAGUGCAACAGUUAUGAGUACAAAAGAACAGCGUUCUAACCACUCACCUCCCUCCAAUUUUCCGGAUGGAGUCGAUGGUUCAUUUAACGGAAAGAUCAGACAAUCUACCUCAGAGGCUCAAAGUUCAAAACGAGAAGCUUUUGCAGAGACUCAAAGGCGUCAGAAAGCUGAAAAAAACGCACUUGAUGCAAUCAAAAAGGCUAAACAAUCAGAAACUGCUUAUUCCGUGGAGUUAAAGCGAAGGAAAGACACUGAGAUAGCAAUAGCCAAAAUAAAAGAGAGACUUGUAACAAUAAAAAAAGAACAAGACGCUCUCAUGAAAGAGCUUCAAAGAGCAAUGGCGCAGAAAGAGAUGCUUGAGAAUCAAAUAGCAGAAUCUGACGGUACAAUGGAAAAGCUAAACCAGAAACUCGACAUAGCUGUGAAGCUGUUACAGAAGCUGAAAGAUGAACGAGAGGAGUUGCAGACAGAACGUGACAGAGCGCUCAGAGAAGCUACCGAGCUAAGGAGCCGCGCAGAGACCUCCUCAACCUUACAGUCAACUGAGUACUUCACGCAUUUUUUAUUCUCCGAGAUUGAGGAAGCAACUAACCGCUUUGAUUCCACGCUGAAGAUUGGUGGAGGAGGGUACGGAAGCAUCUACGUUGGUGUACUGCGUCAUACUCAGGUGGCUAUCAAAAUGUUGAAUCCCAACAGUUCUCAAGGCCCAGUGGAGUAUCAGCACGAGGUUGAUGUGUUAAGCAAAAUGAGACAUCCAAACAUCAUCACUUUGAUCGGAGCUUGUCCAGAAGGGUGGAGCCUUGUCUAUGAGUAUCUCCCCGAUGGAAGCCUUGAAGACAGGCUUAGCUGCAAGGACAACUCUCCACCUUUGUCAUGGCAAAACCGUGUACGCAUCGCCACUGAGAUAUGCGCAGCGCUUGUCUUUCUCCACUCCAAUAAAUCAAACAGCGUUGUCCACGGUGAUUUGAAGGCGGCGAGUGUCCUUCUCGAUGCUAAUCUCGUUAGCAAGCUGAGUGACUUUGGAAGCAAUAGUGAUGGGGAGGAGCUAACUCCGAUGACAGAUGUUUACGCGUUUGGGAUUAUAUUACUACGCUUGUUGACAGGGAGACCUGCGUUAGGGAUAGAGGAUGAAGUGAAGGAGGCUCUUGAAUCUGGAACACUGGUCGACCUUUUGGACCCUUUAGCAGGUGACUGGCCCUUUGUUCAGGCUGAGCAGCUUGCUCGCUUGGCGUUGAGGUGCUGUGAAGCUGUCAGUGAGAAUCGUCCGGACCUUGCCACUGAAGUGUGGAGGGUGCUUGAACCUAUGAGGGCUUCUAGCGGAGGAUCUUCAUCGUUUCAUCUCGGCCGUAACGAGCAGCGGAUAGCUCCUCCGUAUUUCAUUUGUCCCAUUUUCCAGGAAGUGAUGCAGGAUCCACAUGUAGCUGCAGAUGGUUUCACGUAUGAAGCAGAAGCUAUAAGAGCGUGGCUGGACAGUGAACAUGAUACUUCGCCAAUGACUAAUGAUAAACUCUCCCACACCAGCCUUAUCGCUAACCAUGCUCUUCGCUCUGCAAUUCAGGAGUGGCUUCAACAUCAUUGCUGAUAUGAGAUCCUUCAAAACUCUCAACCCCUGUUCACACAAAGUAAUCUCUCAUGUAAAAAAAAGGUUUUCUCAUUUUCUGUGGGAGGCAACAGAGAGUGAAUGAGAUUAGCUUUUUGUUUUACUUAUACGCAUACAUACAAUCUCUCCAUGGAUAGCAUAUAUAUAGUAUACUUUGUUAAGCACAAUGUAAAUUUUCCUUAUUUGUCAGAUAUGAAGAGGCUUGUGAAA